AUGGUAGGUGUGGAUACCGUUCUCAAGCCGGCACUCGAAGCCGAAGCUUGUCCUGUAUGUGGCGAUCGUGUGUCUGGAUACCAUUAUGGACUGUUGACUUGCGAAAGCUGUAAGGGAUUCUUCAAGCGCACAGUUCAGAACAAAAAACACUACCAAUGUUCUGCAGAUUCAUCGUGCCAUGUUGAUAAGACAUGCCGGAAACGUUGCCCAAGUUGUCGUUUUGCGAAGUGCAUGGCAGAGGGCAUGAAAGUAGAAGCUGUUCGCGAAGAUCGUAUGCGUGGUGGAAGGAACAAGUUCGGGUCCUACUACAAAAGGGAUCGAGCGGCUCGCAUGCAACGUAUUGCUCUUCGGGGCAGUGCUCCUCAGGCUCACUCAGGUGUCUUCUAUUCGACCCAUGCCCCCAUGGACCAUCAAGUAACGAGCAGUACUCCUGAUCAAUCUCCGCAUAUCCAUUACUUCGAUGGAAGCACGCACAAAGUGAAGACAGAGUACGAUGCUAUGUUGCAGAGCCCAACUCUUUCCAGCAGCACCCCCAGUCAACAAAAUUUCAUUAUUCAUCGACCAAACCCUUAUAUACCGGAUAGCGAUAGCUUAGCUGCACUUCUGGGACAAUCAAUUGAUGAUCCACUACUGCGAUCACAGGCGUUCCCUGUAUAUCCGGCGAUAAAGCCGGAGCCAUUUGAUUAUACAGAACAAUAUCUUCCGGCUCAACUAACUGAUUAUUCUGCAUUUCACACUCCUGUAACCUAUUCAUCAAUGAUUACGGCAAAUUCUAUAACUAGAAGUGUUUCUAGCUCAGGUUCGAGCCGAUCCUCUCCAGUGCUGACUGUCUGCCCCGUUCAAGCAGAAAAAGUAGCAGAUGCCUUUUAUAUAAGUAACAAUGAAAUGGAGUUGUUACUGAGAGCGCUUCCAGAUAGCCCAAGGAUCUUGUCGAUUCUUCACAAAGUCGACAAGGUGGAUCCUUUCACUUUUUCGAUGGCUGUCGUCGAGGCGAAUUUGAACGAGCUAGUCUCUUGGGCUAAAAAUGCUCCUUACUUUCCUCAGCUUGAGAUGGAAGAUCAAAUGAUGAUGCUGCAAUCAUCGUGGGCCUCCAUUCAUAUUAUCGACGUUAGCUAUGCUGUGUUGAAAGGAGAAAUUUCCCAUAUAGUGAAAUUGCCUAAUGGUGCUGAUCUUCCGACAGGCUUGAUUGCUCUCAUGGGUUAUCAUGUCCACAUCCACAAAUGGACUGAGUUGAUUGGUAGAUUACAUGCUCUUGGAUUUGAUCGAUGUGACUACGCUGCAUUCAAGUUUCUUGCCCUUUACCAAAAAAUUGAGGACAAUGUUGGAGUGCAACUGAAAAAUUCUCAUCACAUUCUGAAGGCACGUGAACUACUUCUGGCAUCGUGGGGCUCUUAUCGUGGUACUGCAAAUGCCACCCUCCUGCCUCACUAUGAUGUGUUUGUUCAGAUGAAAGCGUUGGCACAAGCAUCACAACACUUUUUGAUGGAACGUAGUAUCGCAGGAGAGGUCGGACUGCCAUUGCUAUCCGAAAUGUUGAAUCCUGUCGUGAAUCGAACCGUUCCAAACUACGUACGAUAG